GCGGGCGCCGGACCCCCAGGCGGAGCGACAGGUCUCGGGCCCUCAGGCGGAGCGGCGGGCGCCGGACCCCCAGGAGGAGCGACAGGUCUCGGGCCCUCAGGCGGAGCGGCGGGCGCCGGACCCCCUGGUGGAGCGACAGGUCUCGGGCCCUCAGGCGGAGCGGCGGGCGCCGGACCCCCAGGCGGAGCGGCGGGCACCGAGACACCAGGCACGACAGUGGGCUCCGAGUCAACUGGUAUGACCGCAGGCACUGGGUCAGACAUUGGAUGGUCUGGCUGGACAGCGGGCAUCGGGUCACCAGGCAUCAGGUCAUUUGGCUCGACAGCGGGCACCGCGUCAUCUGGCAAGGCAGUGGGCUCCGAGUCAACUGGUAUGACCGCGGGCACUGGGUCAGACAUUGGAUCGUCUGACCGGACAGCGGGCAUCGGGUCACCAGGCAUCAGGUCAUUUGGCUCGACCGCGGGCACCGCGUCAUCUGGCAAGGCUGUGGGCUCCGAGUCAACUGGCAUGACCGCGGGCACC